UAUUUCGUCACAAUAGUAUUAUUGCUAAAUUACAUCGUACAAGUGCAUAAAGUGUACCAUUGGUGGCCAUUACAAAACCUAAACUUUUUUAUCAGGACAAAUGUCCAUUUGAUGUUUCGGCGACGUUGUGACUAAUCUUACGGGAAGCUAAUUACAAAUCGCGUAGCGUGUUCUUACCUGCUGGAAGUGUAACAAAAAUGAUUUUGAGAUAAAUUGCAGUAGUGUAGUGGUUAUAGUGAGAGAACAAAAAAAAAUAGCAAUAGAAGAAAGUGUGAGUGUUACGGAUUGAUUGUGGCAUGGGUGAAGUGCUCCGUUUGCCUUGUUGGAGGCUGUGGUGACAUGGGCAGCGGUGAGGCGCUGACUGACGCGGGGCUCAAGGAGUGAUCAGUGCCGGGCUUGCGCCUGCACAACCCUCUAGUAUUAUGAAUAAGCGAGACAGCAAGGACAAGGAACGUCAGAGUGACGACAAAAGAACAUCCACCGCGACUGGUGCAGUUGGCGGGCGCGCCGGCGUCGGCGGCAGCAGCGCCAUGCACACGUCGCGGCAUUCAGUCACCUCGUCCUCGGGCGUCCUUAUGGUCGGCCCCAACUUCCGUGUCGGCAAGAAGAUUGGAUGCGGCAACUUCGGCGAACUCAGGCUCGGGAAAAAUCUCUACAAUAAUGAACAUGUAGCGAUUAAAAUGGAGCCGAUGAAGUCCAAGGCUCCUCAACUUCACCUAGAGUACCGAUUUUACAAGUUACUCGGCACGCAUGCGCCGUCGACAGCGGAAGGAAUCCCCGAGGUGUACUACUUCGGCCCUUGCGGUAAAUACAAUGCGUUGGUAAUGGAGUUGCUGGGGCCCUCCCUGGAGGACCUCUUCGAUUUGUGCGGCCGCCGGUUCUCUCUAAAGACUGUCUUAAUGAUCGCCAUGCAGUUGUUACAUCGCAUCGAGUAUGUUCACACGAGACAUCUAAUAUAUCGAGAUGUUAAACCAGAGAAUUUUUUGAUAGGUAGAACUGCAACUAAAAGAGAAAAAAUCAUCCACAUCAUUGAUUUUGGUCUGGCCAAAGAAUAUAUAGACUUAGAGACAAACAAACAUAUCCCAUAUCGGGAGCACAAGUCACUCACUGGGACCGCGAGAUACAUGUCAAUAAACACACAUUUAGGAAAAGAACAAUCUAGACGCGACGACUUAGAGGCUCUCGGGCAUAUGUUUAUGUAUUUUUUACGUGGUUCCUUACCCUGGCAGGGUUUAAAAGCUGAUACACUCAAAGAAAGAUACCAAAAAAUUGGUGAUACCAAGCGAGCAACACCAAUCGAGGUGUUGUGCGAGGGCCACCCAGAAGAGCUGGCGACGUACCUGCGCUACGUGCGGCGGCUGGACUUCUUCGAGACGCCGGACUACGACCAACUCCGGCGCAUGUUCCGCGACCUGUUCGAGCGCCGCGGCUACGUCGACGACGGCGAGUUCGACUGGACCGGCAAGACAAUGUCUACACCAGUGGGUUCCAUCCAGACGGGACAUGAAAUCGUCGUAUCGCCCAAUCGUGAUCGACAUCAGCCUUUCCAUAAGGAUGAUUUGUGUGAUUAUAUGAUUGGUUUGGUUGAGGACGAUGAGGCGGCGCUCAUUUCCGGCGAGAUUGGCCCCACACUGGGCGCGGUCAAAGACUCCGGUACUGGCGGCACGGCGAACACGGGAGGCAACUGGCCCCACAGUGGGAAGGCCACACCUCUUACCACAGGACACCUCACACCCGCUGAUAGACAUGGUUCUGUUCAGCUGUUGAAGAAUAAGCAUUUUCGGUAUGUGAAAUUUCCGGGAUCAGUUUCAACGGUGGUCAGCUCGACAAACGGCGAGCUGGGGGCGGACGACCCCACUGCCGGGCACAGCAACACGCCCAUAACGCAGCCGCACCACGAGGUCGACGUGGUUGACGACACCAAGUCAGUGUUCCAACUGCAAUCGGUCUAUUCCAGAUGCUGUUGUUUCUUCAAGCGCAAAAAGAAGAAGUGUGCGGCGCGCGCAGGCAAGUGACGCGUUCUCUGACGCCUCCGCCCCCCGCCCCGCGCCCGCGCCCGCACUCGCCUCCUGCAGCGAUAGCCACUACCCGCCAGUAAAGUUACAUGAAGCAACAAUAAAACUCGAGGUAAUUCAAUUGCUAUGUGAAGACGAGGGUUAACGAGAGACGAAUCUAAUGGCGCACAUUACAUAACAUUACAUUCACAGUCGUAAGGCCCCAUGUCUUAAAAUACAAAUUACUUUGUUUAAAUCUUGGCCUUAACAGGGGAGGUAAUUCAAUGAGCGUAUGUGGUAUGGAUCAUGCUAUCCACCACGCUACUUCAUUGAGCUAAUAGCCAAACCAUUCGCGAGUUUUCAAGCCGUUCGAAUAUCUCUACCGUUAGCUGAACGACUAUUUACAUGUAACACUAACCGGCCCAGUACUAAUCAAAUAACAUCUUGUUUAUUUACAAUCUUCUAUCGUGUGGGUUGUGACGUGGAUUACCAACCUCAUCAACCCUGGUGUCAGGGUUACUACAACAAUUACAAUUAUAAUUCAUUAUUGAGACUAAAAGUAAUAAGGCAGACAAUUGACCGUAAUGAGAAAAAUGUUACUCACUCCCAUUAAGCUAUCGUCCUUUUAUAAAUAUUGAUUGACUUUGAAAUUGUUCAAUGUUUACGUCUUUGCUUAAAAGCAUUUUGAAUAUCCCUCCAGUUUUAUUCUAGGUUCAGUGACCGUUUUAAGAAACUACUAAUGAAAAUAGCUUAAACUGGCAACACUGGCAGAAAUAGUAGCAAUAACGAGUUAUGAUUGGUUGUCAAUGUUGCCAGUUUAUACUAGGAAAACGGUAACUUUUAUAAGAAUGGUUGUUCAAACGUCUAAAGUAAUGUGCUAAAUGAACACUAGAAUUGGCGCGUUAAAUUAUGCCUUACCUUUAACGCUCUACAUUUCAUACAAUAAAUGUUGAUAGGAAUUAUAGUUCUUAGUAAAGGGUCUAUAAAAACUAAAAUAACAAUCUGAUUUGUAAGUAUUCUUAUCACGCGCGCUAAAUGAUCCAUAGCACAUUAGGUUAGACGCAAGUGUAACUUUACUGUAAAUAUAUUUUGGUUGAAUCAUAAAUGUUCCCUUCUCAUAACGCUUAUCAAUGUUAACAAAAGUGGAACUAGUAAGCGCUAUGAGAGGUAAUUAUAUUAGUUACGUCAUAAUUACGUGGUACAUACAUUGUAAUGCUACUAUUUGCUAAAAGUCAAUUGCAAAUAAGCAGCAUUUUAUCAGUCAGAUAUCUCACUACGCUAUCAAUGAAAAGCAACGGGGUUUGUGGUGGACGCUUACAGUAUUUUGAUACCCAAUUUCGAAUAUUGGACCCUUAGCUUCACUUAUCAUGCGUAAAUUACAUAGACAGCCGAUAUUCAGAUUAAUAUAAAUAGGUAUUAUAAAUCGUGAUAAAACGCGCAUGCGAGUUCCUUGAGGUGCGUGAUACGACAAAGAUUAUUUAGCAAACACGGUUUUAUUCUUUGGUUUAGUGACUUCAUUUUUUCAUAGUGUGAAGAUAGUGUAAGAAUUAUUUAGUUUGUUAAGUAGAUCUUUUGGCGUUAUGCACCUUUAGGGACUGGCGUGCCACCAUACUAUGAACAAUUGUACCUAGGGUGCGGUAGGCAAUUUUGAUUUUUGUGUUCCCGUCCGUAGUAAUUUACGUUUCGUUUCUGGCACUUGUAAAUUCUUCCUUGUCUCUAGGGACGUGAGAUUAUAGGUAGAAACGGGUUAGCGCCCGUGACAAUGAAUGUUCUUAAAUAAACGAGUGAAUGAUAAAAUAAACGCGUGCUAUAUAAAUCGAUAAAUAAACGGCGGUACUAUUGAACAUUGCAUUUUGAACCCUUAAAGAGUUGGCUAUUUAUAAUGCUUCUGAUUUGUUACAUGUUGCUCAAUACAUCAGUCAAUUUAUCAAUAAUGUAUAAACUAGUAGUAAAUGAGUUCAUUCGCGCGGGGCUAACGUUUCUAUCUCGUUUUACCUUAUGAUAUCAUGCAUAUGUCCACUCACUCGCAUAAAUUGUGUCCAUUCCAACACAUAGAGUCGAACAAAUCCGCAGAUUUGUGCGUUAGAUCGUAUGUCAUUAAUUCAUUAUCUGCUGUAGGUUUAAACAAUACUUAUCAUGCUGACAGGGGUAAACAUAGCAAAGGAUCCUACAAAAGUCAUGUACUCUAACUUGAAGUGAUGUUUAUGUAAUCAAAUCAGAAAUUCCUGAUAGAAUGACUGAUGUAAUACUUAUCAGGAGUCUUCCUAAACUUGUUGCCUUUUCGAAUUAUUUUUCACACAAAGGAACCUAAAGUUACUUUACCGUCUGUCGGCGUUUCGUAGUUAUGUAUCGCUUGUCCCAUUUAUUAGGCAAUGAAAUAUUAUUUUUGUACGUCCUCUGCGAGUUACUUCUGUGAAUGCGUUGUCUAUGAUUUUGUUACAUAAGUAAUGAAACCUACCAAUAACAUAGUAAAUCGUGACUUUAUAUAAGUUUGUGUGUUGUUGAACUCUGUGCCGGCGCGGUGGGCGCUGCAGGACUUUGUUAACGUUACAGUCAAUUUCCGUACAGGUUGUGAUAAAGCUUGAUGUUUACAUGGCGACAAUAUUAAUGUGGUUUAAAACAGUUCAUUUGUCAUAUCCGCGCAUUGUAUAAAUUACAACGAACUGACGUCACUGUGGUGGUUCUGCAUUCUUGUGUUCGCGGUUGCAGUGCGAGCGUAUGUGGUGGUCGGUGCCGCAUGUAUCAACACACUGCGGCGGCCACCGUGCCGGCUGUAUGCAUAUUGUAGAUUAUAAUUUUAUUUAGUCAUGUCUAUACCUAAGUUCAGUUUGUGCGAGAAACAAGUAUGAUAAUAAUUAUUUAAUUGGCUCCGUUCCUAUAGUGAUGCCACAUACUUUCCUAUCCUUAUUUAUGCCUAUAUUGUUAUAGUUUUAAUGAAUGAGGUAACUUCAUGCAAUUUUAUGCAAUAAGUAAGAGAAAGUAUAUAGAAAUAACGAGUUAUUUUCAAUACAAUUUUUGUGACAAACGACAAUGUUGGUCUUUGAGCGUAAAUGAUUCGUUGAACUUGAUUUGACAUAAAUGUAUAUUUAACGUGCAAUAAUUUAUGUAGAAAUUCAUUACAAUAGUGUAAAUUGAUAGUUUGUUUCAAUCGAUGGAACCCAUCGAGUCCCGAGUGAACUGGCUUCUAUGUAUCUUCUAAGACUGAUUGGAACAUUUCACAUUGUGUACAAACGACACGCGGUUCUGGGCUCAUGUCAAUUUGUAUUAUGGAGAUUCACUUUCGUUUACCAUUGCGUGAAGAGGAGGGGCUCAAUAUUGCAUGGUGGCGUAACCCUGAAGGAGAACUAGGGGCUUAAAAAGGCCACAUGAAAGCAAUUCAUCUCAAACAGCAGUAUUGCUGUUUGGCAUUUGUUUACAUUGCGCCCUUACUUUUAUAUGCGCAAUGUGAAUUGCUUCAAUGUGGCGUUGUUAACCCCACUGUUGUUGUAAAAACUAAAAUUAUGGCAUAUUUAUUAUUACGUUAAAUGACAAAGAAUUUUUCGAGUAUAAGCAUCGAUCGCCUUUUAUUGCGAGCCGCCCCACUUUACAGUGCGUCUAUGUGACGGAGUUAUAUCAUUUUAAAUAGGGUUUACUCGAUAUGUGUCGAAGGGGAGGUAUGGCCGCGACUAGCCGGACCACAGUUGAGUAUUAUAUGUCACACAACAGCACAGUCGUCGUUGUAGGGUCUAAGCUGUCGCGGCUUUAAAAGUGGUGGCUUGUCCUGCAGGCUCACAACUACAAGUAAUACGCAAUAAAUUUGUACCUCAAUAUUAAAUUCGCCUUUUCUCUAUGGAGUUGUGAGCCUAUAGCAGCAAGCUUUUUAUUUGGGAGAUUGGAAUAUAGUUGCGAAUAGACUGAGUACUGAGGUGACCGGCCCGCUCGUGCCUCGCUCCGCCGCGCGCCGCUCGCUGUGGCCGUGGCCCGCAGAACACCGCGCUAGUGGCCACACUAACCACGCGGCCGCUGCGUUGAUGGUGUAUAAAUUGUACAGCUUAGUGAAAUACAUUUGUAUAUUUUUGCUUGGACAGGAAGCGGCAAGGGUCAAGGUUGAGAUUGCGCACGACUCAGAACACUAAUGUCUUAUCGAAUCAGCGUAAUGCUGUUUUAACCGUAAUGUAAAUAUGUGUCCGUGCGCGCGUUACUGUCGAGCGAGGGCGUUGUGCUGUUCGCAUGGCAUUUUUAUAAGGUAUUUUGGAUUAGUCACGGAUAUGUAGUCAUCACAAAAUUGUAUCCCCUGCAUUAGGAAUUAUUCAUUUGGGCUAAGUAUGUUUGAAGUGUUUUAUAACAUAAAAAAAACAUCUUGUUGUGUCGUUUUCAUAUUUUUAGAGAAAGUAUAGUUAAUGCGAAUACUGUCGAUAUGUAAAAGGGAUUUUUAAAUAAACUCCGUAAAAAGGUUUUUUGAUAAAUUAUUGUGAACAAAUCGAAGUAUUGUCCUCGUUAAAUGGAUCGUUAAUACUUGUUGUACAUCAAUGCAGUGUAUUCGAAUGUAAUAAAACUAAGUCUUGAGACAUGAUUAAUACCAUAGUUGUACCUAAUUGUUACUUUCUAUUUGCUAGAUAGAAUAAUCAAAUUAGAUUGAGUAUUGGAAAUUAAAGUCAAAUUUUGUGAUCUGUACAACCUACACGAUCGGACUCCGUGCGAGUUGGAACUAAUGUAAGGAGCUUGUUUGUGUCGCGGUGGUCGUGGGUUGUUGAUGUGCUAGUUGGGUGUGGCAGAGAUCGGUCGCCACACCGACACACUUGUGACCGAUGGUAGAUCACAAUGAUGAUAAAGCACAGUCUUAUUUUGUUUCAUUCUUCGCCUGAAGUGCUGCUAAGUGAAGUGAUAACUUGAUUAUUGUGUUGUGGAGACACCGAGUAGGCUGGUGGGCCCGAGCGAGCGCGCCUAGCUCGCGGCACGUACUGUGUAGUUAAUUAUUAUAAUUUUAAAUUUCGCUUACUAAGUAAGUCACGUUCAGUCGGCCGGCUUGAGGACGCACGAGGAAGAUUUUGAGCUAUAGUUAUUAACUUUAUGUAUUAUAUAAUACAUGAUGCUUUUGAAACUGAAUUGAAUUCUUAUUGUAAGUAUAAAUAAAUAUUAAUAUUCAUAGAAACAGUUCUCAGUGUUUAUUUUUUCUGUAAGAUGUACUAUGGUAAAAUUUUGCAUACGCAAUUUGACUUGUAUUCAGUUAAGGUCACAACCUGUUCAAAAAUACGAAAAUAUUUGUUAACUCAUAAUUAAAUAAAGCUUAUUAUAAGA